AUGGCUUUUGCAACUCAACGACAAUUCCUGCACAAAUUGAGAGAAAUCAACCAGUUCAGAAUGUAUCGCGAACAGAAUGCGGGUUUGACGCCUUUUUAUCCUCGUCAAACCUAUCCAACUCGGUCUGCGUACCCGUAUCCUUUUUACAUUCCAUCGAACCAAAGUUUGAAUAUUGGAGCUUCUUCGGUCCCGAAAAGUUCGUCAGGCAUCCUGCAUGAUGAGAAUCCUUAUUCCAACGCAACAUCGAUCAACUCAUUACCAUACACGCAAUCCAGACCACAAGCACCAUAUAUUACAUCAACUGCUCCAGAGCACGACGAGGUGAGACUACCAAAGUAUUUUCGAUGCACGCUUGGGGAAGGUCCCGGUCGAUAUCGUCGAGAGAGGACCGUUUUCACGCAGGCGCAGCUGAAGAUUUUUGAGAAAAGAUUUGCCUGCCAGAAGUACCUUUCUACGCAAGAGCGCUAUGAGCUUGCAAAGCAUCUUGGGCUGUCGGCCCUGCAAGUGAAGACAUGGUUCCAAAACAGGCGAAUGAAGUGGAAGAAAGAGAAAUCUUUAUUAUCAAGAGAGAAGAAGAGUGUAGGGGAUACAUGUGGUCUUGCUCGAGGGCCCCAAAAUGUAAAUAUCGAAAACUCAUGCACCAAAAUAGUAGAGGAAUCUUAA